AUGAAAGGAGUUCAUUCUCAACCUGCACAUAAUGGCAUUAAAGGUAUACUUACAAGUGUCUAUAAGGAAGGGGGAGUUCGUGGACUUUAUAGGGGUGUAGGACCAACCCUUACUGGAAUUCUUCCAUAUGCUGGUUUAAAGUUCUACAUGUAUGAGAAAUUGAAGAUGCAUGUUCCUGAAGAACACCAAAAGUCCAUUCUGAUGCGCCUUUCUUGUGGAGCACUAGCUGGAUUGUUUGGGCAGACUUUAACAUACCCUUUAGAUGUUGUUAAGAGACAUAUGCAGGUAGUUUUCCAGUUUUACAACCCCCAUUUCGUCUACAUGGACUCCUAUGUAGCAUUAGCAUGCAUCCCUUCUGUUAUUUACUUUACCUUCUAG